GUUAUAGGUCCCCAAGAGAUGAACGAAUCUCUGAUAAAAGAAAAGAAGAACACACGAGAGUGUCGACCGAGCCCAGAUGACCCUGAUGCCAAACAGGAGCUGGCAGUUCUUAGAGCUGAGGUGGCAAAGCUAAGGAGGGAGUUGUCGCAGAAGGCACAGAAGGUGGCAUCCCUAGAAGAGGAGCUUGCAAAGACAAAGCAGACUGGUCACAACGGCGAGGCCCGAAGAGACAUCUUCAACUUUGAAAGUCCAAUUCCUGGAAAUCGGACUUGUCGGUACAGCCGCCCUGUAUUUGCGCCUGACAGUGACAGUGAUGAUGUCUCACUUGGGGCAGGGUCUUCCAUCUCAGAUUUGGAAAAUACUAAUGAUCUACACGCAAACACCUUCCUUCAAGACAAUGACAUCUUCACCAACAACUCUCUACCAGAUAUUAACAUGGAGCCCGAAAUGUCGUCAACACCCACCAGCAACUCUAUUAUUGAUGAACAUCACAAUGAAUCUUCAACGACAACCAACUGCAACAUGAUCUCCAAUCCAGAACUUGAUGACAUCUUCCUAACCCCGGAAGCCACAAUCCUUAUGCCAAUACCAUCAGAAACUGUUAUCAGAGGACAGGCCGAAAGCAAUACAAAUAGCAGAACCAGACGCUCAUCAAAAAAAAGGAAAAAUUCAACGUCGGUGACUCAGUCAAUGCCUUGUUUAAGAAUAGGGCGCCAGGGGACAAUUUUGAGGAAUUUUACCCAGGAAAGGUUCUUGCAAUCCUCAUGUCUGGUGAUAUGCUGAGAAUCCAAUUCGAAGAUUGUACAAGGACAGUUCCUAGUAAUCAUGUUCAACCUAGAUAAAUGACACUGAACACAGGUCUUUAAACAAUUCAUUAAAAUAAUUUGUGACAUGAACAAAGAUCCCCCCCAAAAAAUGUAUCAAAAGAUUCAGACUUUCAAACAUUGGGAACAACAUUAAAAAUGUAAAUAAUAAUAAUAGUUGUUGUAGUUAAUUUAUCAAUGUCAUCAAAUGUUUAGCAGACUGUUAGUGUAAAUAUGAUAUGUAUUUUGUGUUUGUUUAUAAUUUAUAGAGUUUGGACUGUUUAUAUUUUUUUUUAAACAUUUAAAUAAAAAGACACACUAAAUAAUGGAUUACAGAUUUAAAUAUUUCUAACAACCUCAUGAAUCUCUGAACAAGAGCAUUAUAAGCAUAAAACAUUUACUUGUAAAACCAUGCUCCUGGUAAUAAUUUAGGACAUAGAAAUGUUUAAGUUUCAACAUUAUGUAACAUUUUUACAUCCAGUAUAAGAAUUAUUCUUGAUUAUAAUUAAUCAUAUAAUUAUAAUUAAUUAUUAUAAAUGUGAUAGCCAAACAUUUGCCUAGUUUCUUUCGCUUUUGCCUCAAUUAGGCAAAAUGUGAAACUGGCACUUUUACACUUUUAAACCAAAAUAAUACAACUUAAUAAUAUUGUUUUAAUAUCAUAGAAUGAAUGGUAUACAUAUCCUUGUCUAAUUAUUUUGAUUUCGGCUCAAUUAGACACUUAUUGGCUUCAAUAACAAUUAUAGUUUGAUGUUAGGAUUGUAUGCACUUCUGUUAUAAAUUAUAUAUUAAGUUAUAAUUGAACUCUGUUAUCAACAUGAAAUAACUAGCACAUUUCUUUUACAUGAAUCCAUAUUAAAUGACUUAUAGAAGUUGAGGUUUCAUUUCUUUUGUCUUUUCACAACCAUGUUCCAUGUACAUAUGUACAUAUUUAAUCUCACCUACAAUUGUUAUGUGAAAGUAUUUAAUGCUUUGUUCAAAUUCAAUUCAAGGGAGGAAAUAAUGAAAUAUCGGCAUUAAAAAUCUUAAAACAUAUGAUGUGUUUAAUGCAUUUGU